GUGGUACCUAGUUUGAGUAUGUGAAAACAUGACAAAUGACAAUGACUUUCACACAACAAACUAAAAAAAUCGAUUAGAAUUUACAAAAUAAACAUUAUUUUCUAAGUGUUACAGUUUUGUAGAAUAUAAGAACAUGGUGUCGCGAAGUUUAACAGAAGUAUUCGUGUUGAUGCGCAACAAUGCCAUCCACAGCCGGCAAAUAUUUGCAGAACAGGGAAAUGAGUCAGAAAGGGUGAGACUGAUGCGGUCAAGCAGCCAUGACUUGGAGAUGGGAUCAGAGAUACGUUCUGACUGCCAUGACCCCCCACCCUGGGCUGAUGCACUGGAGGAGGCCCAUUAUAUUAUAACUAGGUUGCGCAGCAAGCUGGCGGAGCUGCGGGCGCGGCACGAGCAGCAGCUGCGGCGGCCCGCGCUGGACGACCGCGGGGAGCUGCAGCACAUCGAGCGCCUGUCGGCCGACGUGGGGCGCCACUUCGCGCAGGCGCACGCGCGCCUCGCCGCCAUCCGCGCGCAGACCCGCCACGGUAACAAAUCAGAACAGAAACUAGCCACAAACGUAGUUCUAGCAUUAGUGACAAUCCUCCAAGAAUUGAGUGUGACUUUCCGCUCGGCGCAAUCUAACUAUCUAAAAUCCCUAACGUCUCGAGAGGAGAGGUCGAACGCCUACUUUGACUUACCUAACUUUGAGGAGCUGAGCUUACAAGAUGAACUUUUGCCAGGCCUGACCAGCAAUCAGACAGAUCUGCUGUUCUCCUUACCGAGCACCUCGACACAAAACAAUCACUACGACGACGAAAAUUCCGAGGGUACAUUCCAAAAGCAAAAUUUAAAUCAGAAACAGUUAUUGCUGAUGCAAGAGGAAAACACUAAAAUGGUUGCCGAAAGGGAAGAGGAGGUUAAUAAAAUAGUUAAAUCGAUCGUAGAUUUGAACGACAUAUUCAAAGAUCUGGGACAUAUGGUCCACGAGCAGGGCACGGUUCUCGACAGGAUAGAUUACAAUAUUGAGCAAACACAGGUCCAAGUGCACGAGGGCUACAAACAGCUGCAGAAAGCGGAGCGGUUCCAAAGACAAAACCGGAAAAUGCACUGCAUCAUGGUGUUGGCUGUGACAGUAGUUCUAAUGGUCAUUCUAUUGAUUCUUGUGAAAAGUUAAGCCACGUAUUCCUUAGUAUACAUUUUGCAUAUAUACAAGGUCCCAGAUACAUAAUCUACGUGAAAUAUAUAAAUGGCUGGAGUCAUGGUAAUGUAUCGCCGAACGCUGGGAAUAGGGACCCCGGACGUAUAUCUCGGACGGAAAUGAUAUACCAUGCCUGCCGCGACUUCAUUUUUACAAAACGAUACUGAAGAAAAAUGUUACGCAUGUAUUUUCUUUUUAAUUUUGAAAGAAACUUUAAAUACAGACUUUAUUUAAUUCGACUUUACAGUACCAUGUUAAUAAUUGAUGUUUUGCUUAAGUACUGAAAAUUCUUUAAUACCGUCAUCCUCAGAUAAAGAAAGAGUGUCGAAAACAACAUGAAAAAGAAAACUGUAAAGGUAUCGCUUUGUGAAAAUGCUUCUCAAUUAUGAAACUGUCUUCCAGCUACGGUAUUCCUUCAUAACGAUUUGGGGUUAUUAAAAGGAAAUAUCAUAAAUUACCAUCGCUCUAGCGCGCUGAUUUUUAUAUGUCGCUAUUAACGGCAUACACUGAUUCUAGUCUUUUUGUUAAGCCGCGUUUUCACUGUGCUAGUUACAGCUUGAAUUCAAGGUUUUACUCGCAAGCGAGUUCUUCCCAGAACAAACAAUACGUAACCAAAACGUAUAACGCUUACAAGUUCAACUUCUUGUGUAUUAUGUGUACCUACUAUUGCCUCACAGCGUAAUUGGACAAUUUGAGUGUUUGCGAGUGCAACGGAACGGAUAAAUUGAAGCGUGAAAUUUAUAAUUUUGCGUCGUAAUGCUACCAAAAACUAAAGUUAGUUUCGGGAAUAAAUAAAUAUUACUGUUUAUAUUGUAAUAGUACCGGAAAUAAUGGCUACCUGCGACUUCGUCCGCGUACGACUUUUGAUAAGUUUGCCAGACAAAUUUUCAUCUCAUAUUCUCUACACAAUAUACCCCGAAUAACCGCGUCGCGCGCCUACGCAAUUUAUCCGUGAGUUCGGUUUAAAACGGCCGUAGAGAGAUGUUAUAUAACCUAUAACCUUCUUAAAGAAUUGGGUUACAAACUAAAAAAGAGACGUAUUGUUUCAGAGAUUAGCACGUUCAAAUAAACAAAAAACCGUACUCUUCAGCUUUUAUUGGGUAACUACAACAAUGCAAUACCUAAGUAUAUCUAGCUCAGAUGGUUCCAGAUUACUUGGAAUAUAAAUUGAUGUUUCCAUUCUGUUCUGCGACAACAACAUUCAGGUUUCAACUUUCAUUGGACAUUUAACAGCUGACAAUCAGUUUUAUUACGUUUCCUAGUGGAAACGUAAUAAAUAAUGCAAGCAAGCAACUUGCAAGCAAGACACUUCCACAAUGUAAUCGCGGCUUUAUUUUAAUAUAGGUUGUUUAAUUUAUUGUAAGUAAACAUUAUCAAAAUAUGAUUACUAUAAACUUGAUAAUAAAUUAUUGACCAGUGUUGUUAAGUUAUUCCAUGUAUAUUAAGAAUAGAUAGAAAGAUAAAUUGAUUUUUAUAACCUAUUUAAUGAAUUAAAAUUAAGUCACCGUCAUCGUCACCGUUUCGUUGUAAUAUGUAGAGCUAAGUUCCGCCAUGCUGUUUCAAUGCGGAUUGGUGGGCUUAAGUACAUAAUGAAUUAUGUUUAUUAUUAGUAGGUUCUUUAUU